AGGAUACCUAUUUCCAAGGACAGAUUGCCUAUCGAUGCUGGGGCAACCGUGUAUCUCGUUGCUGCUUCGAACAGAAAACAGUUAUGCAAUACCUCUCGGAUUGGGAGUUUCGUUGUUGCAUUCCUACGUGAAGUGCCACACAGACCAAAGCCAGCGUUUAUAAUAUUAGUAGCAAAGAGCGCGCAAAGAGUAAAUAUACAACAAAAGUUAUUCAUCUUUACGAGUGAAUUUAUCGACUGACGAAAUUGAUAUUGAGUAUCCAAUGAAAAUUGAUGCUCUGAAUGAACAUUGACUGAAUCAUGACGAUUGACAAAGCCGAAAUGCCGGGACAAUUCGUGAAGGUGUCGGCCCCGAAUUUCGAACCAUCGGAACGAUGGCGAAUUAUGAAGAACAUUCUAGCGAUUAGUUGCUCUUUCAUGGUGCACUUCACUGCUUUCAUGGGAGCCGCAAACUUACAGAGCUCUAUCAAUGCAAAUGAAUCGCUAGGCACGUUCACAUUGUCGGCGAUUUAUGGCAGUCUACUCUUCAGCAACAUUUUUCUACCUGCCUUAAUCAUAAGUUGGUUCGGAUGCAAGUGGACAAUGUCGAUUUCUAUGUUGGCUUACAUGCCUUUUAUAGCUUCGCAAUUUUAUCCGAAAUUUUACACUAUGAUCCCCGCUGGAUUAUUAGUCGGAUUGGGCGGUGGACCGCUCUGGUGUGCAAAAUGUACUUAUUUAACUGUGGCGGCAGAAGCCUAUUCGACCGUUUCAGAUAUAGCCGUGGAUGUCCUUGUCACAAGAUUCUUCGGUCUUUUCUUCAUGUUUUAUCAAAUGGCGCAGGUGUGGGGGAAUCUUAUAUCUUCAGCAGUUCUUUCGUACGGAAUUAACACGAUUGUCACAAACGUGACCUUGAAUAGUAGCGUUGUGGCCGAAAUAUGCGGGGUCAAUUUCUGCGGGGUAUCUGCGGAAAAUGAAAAUCCGAAUCUGGAGCGACCUCCGGUCGAACGAAUAUACCUCAUUUCUGGAAUUUAUUUAGCUUGUAUGAUAUUAGCUUGUCUAAUAAUUGCGUUCGCCGUCGAUUCCUUAACCAGGUACGAUAGAAACAGAGCUCGCUUAGUGAAAGGAUCGUCCGGAUUCAAGCUCUUGGCCGUGACAUUAAAACUAUUGAAAGAGAAGAAGCAACUUUUAAUAUUGCCGAUAACGAUGUUUAUUGGGGCCGAACAAGCGUUUUUAUUUGCCGAUUAUAACGCAUCGUUCGUUUCCUGUGCUUGGGGGAUUAGUAAUAUUGGUUUCGUGAUGAUAUGUUUCGGUAUCACAAAUGCCAUAGCUGCACUCGCUACGGGAGCCAUCGUGAAAUUGACUGGAAGGAAGCCCGUGAUGAUUUUCGCUUUUUGUUUGCACUUAAGUAUUUUCAUUUACAUGUUGCAAUGGAAACCGACACCAGAGCAGGGUAUUAUCUUCUUUCUGCUGUCGGGUUUAUGGGGUGUGUGCGAUUCGAUCUGGCUAGUGCAAAUCAAUGCAUUAAGUGGUUUAUUAUUUCCUGGUCAAGAAGAGGCAGCUUUCUCAAAUUUCCGCUUGUGGGAGUCCACUGGUUCAGUGAUAACGUACGUGUACAGCCCAUAUCUGUGCACUUAUAUGAAACUGUAUCUUUUAAUCGGAAUACUGUGCGUUGGAAUGGUUGGUUACGGUGCUAUCGAGUGGUUAGGCAUUCAGACAGACAGAGCUGUUUCCGAGGACAAGCCUGAUUUUGAAUUAAUGAAUGCUAGAGAGAUCAAUCGAUAAGUAUAAGAGUAGGUAACGUUUUUUUCAGUUGACGGAAUUGUAGGAAAUACGUCGAAAUUUUCAUCUUUCGAUACAUUAUCAAAAAGUAUCAGAAAUAAAAAAAAAACUUUUAAUAGAAAAAUAUAUUUGAUGAAAAAUUUCUAAAACGCGCCUAAAGUACUUUUCAAUCAUUUUUCGUUUAAUUCUGUCCUUAAAAUUCAUAAGGAAUAAAUUGCAAAGUCUACUAAAUGUACCUGAAAUUACUAAAAUUAGGAAUUAUUAAAAUAAGAAGAAAUUCUUUAAAAUACUGUCAAGAAGACGAGAUUUAAGAUAAAAUCUGGUUUGAUAACUUAGGAUCGAUAUCACGUUAUACAAAUGCAAAUAAAAUUACAAAAAUAUCAUGCAUACGGUACAAUGAUUUUCGUCUGAAAAUCAAAUGAUUCGUAACUGCGAAUAGUCAUAGGUACGACCUUUUGUUAUUUGUACCACAAUAUAUGUUUUUAUUUUAUUUUUGUGGACACCUACUAAAUUUUACACAGGUAUUCGCUUAACGGCUAAGAUUUUUCUUGUCCUUCAUUUUAAAUACGUAAUUUUAAUGUUACAUCAUGUGUGCCUAGGUGCUAACAUUCAAGCUAAAGCUACGGCUGCUUAGUUUAAUUGUAUACUUAUGUGCUUAAUUGCCGACUGUGUGCUUAUUUCGUUACCAAGAUCAAUUGAUUCCCGCCUUCGGGCGAAGGCGGAUCACCGAGUUGCGUGUGGUUUUCCCAUAGUCGACCGACAGUUUUUUCCGAAUAUAGCGGCAAUAUCGAAUCAAUUGAUCGGCGAAUUGUAGUUUAGCGUCGUUAAAUUGCUGAUUGUAUCGUGAUUAUUAGCUUAACUUUGCAUUCAUCAUAUUUACAAUUCAAGUUCUGCAGUUCAGUUAUAUACUUUAUAAAACGUAGUAGGAACUUUGGUUUCGCUGGGCAAUGUUUCAUGAGCAGUUUCCUCUUAUUGAUUUGUAACUUUAUUUCGUGUCCCGACGUGGCUCUUUUUAAGGGGUAUUCAUUUCUUCUUUAUUACACGCAGUUAUAUGAAGUAUCUACCCGUUCUCUUGUUUCUGUAUCUAUUUUUUAUUUACGAAAAUUACCGAACAAGACGAACAAUUCGGAGCUGGAAACUGCUAUAAAACAUUCGCCCGUGGAUCUAUCUUCCUUAAUAUGACACUCACGAAUACAAUUCACAUUUUUUUUGUAAUACUCAUGUUUAUAUUUUUUGUAAGGAUCUAUUUGAAUAUUUCAAUUUCACGAAGAAAAUACACAUAAUUCUUAAACCGU